AUGGAAAAUGAAGAAGAAUAUCGAGAAUCAACAGGUACAUCUUCUAAUGCUGCAAACAGAAGAAAAACAUCGAAUAUGUGGAAAUAUUUUAGAGUAGAAAAGGAUGAGAACGAGGAAGAGAGAGCAUAUUGUCUGAAAUGCUCAAAGAGCUAUGCGUAUACAUCAACUAGUGAAACCUCAAAUCUGAAGCAUCAUAACGAGAAAUGCUUAGGAAUUUUGGAGGCUGAAAGAAGGGUAGUGAAUUUUGAUGAGAGAGUUGCUAGGGAGAAGUAUAGUCGAGUCAUUAUUAGACAUAAUCUUCCUUUCAUUUCGGUUGAAUAUGAAGAGCUGCGGGAUUAUUUUAGCUAUUUGAAUCCAGAUUACAAGUGUUACUCUAGGAACACUGCUGCUAGCGAUGUUAUGAAAAUUUGGGAGAAAGAAAAACAGAUUUUGAAGUCUGAGCUGGAAAAAAUUCCUAGUAGGAUAUGCUUGACCUCAGAUUGUUGGACUUCACUAGCUGGAGAUGGAUACAUAGCUGUCACGGCGCAUUAUGUUGAUGCAAAGUGGGUGCUACAUAGCAAGAUUUUAUCGUUUUGUGAAGUUCUUCCUCUCCAUAGUUGUGAAGUCUUAGCUAGUAAAGUCCACGAAUGUUUGAGAGAGUGGGGAAUAGAGAGAAAGGUGUUCACUUUGACUCUGGAUAAUGCCACAGCUAAUGACAACAUGCAAGACGUAUUGAGGGAUCGGCUUAAUCUAGAUGAUAAUUUGGUGUGCAAAGGAGAAUUUUUUCAUGUCCGGUGUUCUGCACACAUCUUGAACCUGAUUGUACAAGCUGGUUUGGAAGUUCUUAGUCUUGCUUUGUGUAAGAUCAGAGAAAGCGAAAUUCAGUGCUUGUUGGAAGUUCAUAAGAGAAGUGAGGAUAUCGUCAUCCAGACAAUGAUUUCUAACAUGAGGGAGAAGUUUGAUAAAUACUGGGAGGAGUAUAGCGUGAUUCAUGCAAUGGGGGCUGUCUUGGAUCCUAGGAUGAAGUUAAAGCUUUUGAAGCGUUAUUAUGGUGAGCUUGAUCCAUUCACCUCCCAAGAAAAAGUUGAUCAUCUUGAGGAUCAGCUUAGGAAGAUCUUUGAUGAGUAUAGAAGACAGCUCUCUUUGACCCUUGUUGUGAGCUUUACAAGACCAUAUUCUCGUGCUUCUGAGCAAGGAACAGAGACGGAGAACUUUGGUGUGUUGGAUAUGAUAUUCCAGAGACUGCGGAACCAGGAAAGUCAGUUGGAUAUAUAUUUAGAGGAACCAAAACUAGAAAUGAGAGCUCAUCCUGAUUUGAAUGUGUUGCGAUAUUGGAAAGAGAACAUACAUCGUUUUGGCGCACUAGCAUUCAUGGCAGUGGACAUUCUCAGCAUUCCUAUUACCACUGUGGCUUCUGAAUCUUCUUUCAGUAUUGGAGCUCACGUAAUAAGCAAGUACAGAACUCGCCUUAUCCCUAGAAAUGUGCAAGCUUUAUUGUGUACUCGGUCUUGGAUUCAUGGCUAUAAAGUUGAUGGUGAAGAUGUAGAUGAUGAAGAUGAGAUAGUCAUUAUCCGAGAGGCUCCAAGUCAAGCACUAACAACUCCAAAUCAAGACCAUCUUGAUGUAGCUAUAACUCGUUUUAGUUAUGUGUAUUGUGUUGUAGUUAUGGUGCAGCUUGAUAUAGCUGGUUUGUGA